GGCUGGCGAGGGUCAGUCCGAGGCGAGGUGCGGCGGCGGCGAGGCGUGAUUCGGAGCGGCGCCGGGAUGAGCGUGACGGGGACGCCCGCCGUGGUCUCGGUCUCCAUCAGCAGCAACCUCAACUCCUUCCGGGCCUUGAAGCGGUACGCCCGUGGCCUCACCCUCGCCGAGUUCAAGUGUAAGUUGGAAUUGGUUGUGGGCAGCCCAGCAUCAUGCAUGGACCUCGAGCUUUAUACUGUGGAUGACAAGUUUGUGAUGAAGCUGGACAGCGAUGAGGCCUUGCUGGGGUCUUACCCCAUUGACGACGGGUGCAGGAUUCACGUUAUUGACAGGAGUGGUGCGAACAUUGGAGAAUAUGAAGAUGUGACAAGGGUGGAGAAGUUUGAGCUGGCAGAUGCUGAAUAUGAAAAAAGAACAGACACUGCUCGCUCCUUCAUGAAACGCAGCAAACUGGGGCAGUACAAUCGGGAAGAGAUGCUGAAGAAGGAAGCCGAACAAGAGCAGAAGCUGGCGGAGGAGAAGGCCCUGGUGGAGGCCAUAUCCGUGGGGGCGAGGUGUGAGGUGCGGUCAUCGGGGCAGCCCAAUAAACGGGGGACCGUGAUGUAUGUUGGUUUAACUGAGUUUAAACCUGGUUACUGGAUCGGCGUCAAGUAUGAUGAGCCUUUGGGGAAGCAUGAUGGCAGUGUUGGUGGAAAGCGGUACUUCGAGUGCCAACCAAAAUACGGGGCCUUUGUGAAGCCGCAGCACGUGGCAGUGGGGGACUUCCCGGAAGAGGACUAUGGCCUGGACGACGAAAUGUGACAGGAAGGGCAGCUGGAAACGGAAGUGGAGGAGAAGGCGGCCGCCGGCUCCGUUGUGGGACUUGUCUUGGUUGCUGCUGCGAAGCUCGGCUGCGUUCCGACACCACCUGGGAGAAUGUGGGGCCAGCCGGAGAGAAAAGAUGCGGAAGCCACUUGUGUGUCCCUUGACUCGUGUCGGUUGUUUUUUUCCUUUUUCCCUGGUUGCCUCUUGUUUCAUUCGGUAAAGAUGCCGCGUCCCUUUGAGUGUGUCCUGAUACAUACCAGUUCAGUAACAUAGAGAAUGUGAGCGUUGGCCUUGUAGUCGAAACCCUGAAGAUGGGGAAGGGUUUUGUUUGUGUUUUUUUGCCAAGGGCCAGUGUUUCCAAAGGUGGCCCUUGACGCAGAUUGGGAUAUGAAGCCUUUUCCUGCUCUUAAAAAAUAUAACAAUUCCAGAGGGACAUUUCCAACACCAUGCCUUUUUCUUUUCCCCUCUGUGAUACUUUUGUGAUCGUGUGUUUGUUGUUGGCAGAUUCUACGUGAUCAUUACAAAUUAAAAACGUUUUGAUUGGGGGGAGAAACAUUCCAGACAAGAA